AUGCGCACACUGCAUGCACAUCUCCUUACCCUGAAGGACGCGCAGAACGUUACUACGACAUACAUUCAACAGUUGGAGCAGCGGCUAAUGUCGGGCCAAGCUGCACAACCACAAGGCACCACCCCGGCACAGCAAUCAUCUCAACUCAAGCCCCCCAAAAUGGCCGAACCACCCAAAUUCUCGGGUAAAGGAUCCAGUCUCUCGCUAGAGCAAUGGAUCAAAAAGGUUCAAAUAUGGUUGAACUACAACAAGGUCAACACCGACAAGGAAAGAAUUAUGCAAGCCAACUCCUUAGUGGAGAAUGGCGUGGCAGAUUAUAUGGAAGAGUACAACACUCUUCUGUCAAAAGAUAAGAACCCCAGCACAUGGGCAGACUUCGUCAAGAAGCUAGAAAUGGGUUACAAGAUGCUUGACCCCAAGCGCACAGCACAGGCAAAAUUGGACGAACAUUGCGAGAAGAAAUUCUCGUCAAUGAUUGACUUCGCGGAGAAGUUUCGCUCCUACGCCCCUCAAUCUGGAUACUCAGACGAGGACCUGAUUGUCAAGGUGGGAUGGCUUGAAAAGAAGCUCUGCAUUUACUGCAGAAAGCAUGCCUUUAAGAAGGGGGUGUUCUGCAAGAACCCCGACCCAAAAUACAAAGGCAAAAAAUUUCAGAUGCCAUCAGUGCCAGGCAAGAAAAGGCAAGUGGUCUGCGAAGUCGAGAAAGAGAGUCCAGCCCCAGAUGAUGACACAUCGCCAGAAAUUAGACCACUGGAAGAAGCUCUUUAUGUGAUGAAGGCAAAAAGGGCCUCACAAGGCAAGGGAUCAAAUAUCGGUGGCAAGGGAAAAGGCAAGGCUCAUGCAUCGGAGGAGGAGGAAGAGCAAAAUGCUUAA